CUGUAAAUGAGAAACAUGCUUUGUCUCUAGUUCCAGGGAUGUGACCACAAGGUAUCAGAUGCCAGAGAAGGGUUGGCUCAUUUGGACAUACUUUGAGAUUUUUUUUUAAUUUGCUCAUAUUAAAAAGAAAAAAAGAAAAGAAUCACAAACAUCUGUGAGGGGGCCACUGAAAGUAAUGAUUUCAAAAGAGCUACUUGAAGUAGGACUAACAGGAACCAACUCAUGAUGCAAUUUAACAUGGAUUGGGCAGCCUACAGUCCAAAGGCAGGGGCCAUAAAAAGCUGAGGCUCUGGACUUGAGAGACGUGCGGCAAUGAAGACACUUCACCUUCUGUCAUUCUGCCUGCUCAUGGUAGCAAAUGAGACAAGGAAGUUUGAGGAUUGUGAAUUGUUUUACAAGCUGAGAGAUCUGGGGCUGGAUGGCUUUCGCGGUAUUGACGUAAAACAAUGUGAGUCUUGUUUGUUGGACGUACAAUGUCCAGCUGCUCUGUUAGGAUAAAUGUACACCCAAUUUGUUGUGGAUCCCAACCUCCCUUUGGUUUCUCAUUUCUAGAUGACAUGUGUAGCAAUUUAUAUGGAUUUGUUUGGGUUUUUUGUUUACAGUAUUAUUGUUAUUAUCUUUGACCAUUUUAAAAUAAUGUGGCAUAUCUGAAAAAUGAGAACUGACAGAGCAGGCAAGAUUGAAAAUAAAGAGUCUUGUGGCACCUUAAAGGCUGACACAUUUAUGAUAUAAUAAUUUUUUAUGAACUUCAUCAGUUGCAAGAUUAAAGGUAAAGGUAAAGGUAAAGGGACCCCUGACCGUUAGGUCCAAUCGUGACCGACUCUGGGGUUGCGGCGCUCAUCUUGCUUUAUUGGCCAAGGCAGCCGGUGUACAGCUUCCAGGUCAUGUGGCCAGCAUGACUAAGCCGCUUCUGGCAAACCAGAGCAGCGCACGGAAACGCCUUUUACCUUCCUGCCGGAGCGAUACCUAUUUAUCUACUUGCACUUUGACGUGCUUUUGAACUGCUAGGUUGGCAGGAGCAGGGACCGAGCAACGGGAGCUUACCCCGUCUCAGGGAUUCAAACCGCCGACCUUAUGAUCGGCAAGUCGUAGGCUCUGUGGUUUAACCCACAGCGCCACCCGCGUCCCCAAGAUUAAAGGUAGCACUGGAUAAUUCAUAAUGUUUUAGGAAAAUGUUAAAAGCUGUUAGAAACAUUGCUAUUUUAAGAAUACUGAAAUAGAAACAACAGCAUUUCAAAACUCAGAAUGUCAAAACCAAGAAAGUUUAUGUCAAUGUUUUGAAAGUGUUUAAACAGCAGGAUUUUUGGAGAAGUUUUAAAAAUGCUUUUCUGUUUCUGUGUUUGGGAACUGAUUUUAGGAAAGAAAGGACACUCUGAGUCCCUGGUUUUUAUACUUUGCUUCCCUACCAGAUGUCUGUAUGGCUGGAUUCCCAGCUAAUUACAACACUGAAUACUACGAGACAGAAGAGGGUGUCCCACACUACGGGCUAUUCCAUCUGAGCGGCCAGGAAUGGUGCUUUAAUGAGAGGCGGCCCUCACAGAACAAAUGCAACAUUUCCUGUGAUUGUGAGUGACCCUUUUUUUCCUGCUUGUGCCAUGUACUGUAUGUCUCAAGAUGAGUGGCUUAUUUCUAAAAAGAGACAGGCCAUGGAUAUUUCCCCAAAUUUCACAAUGCAAUACUCCAGCCAGUAAACUUAUGCAAAAGUGCAUCUAUUAGGGAGAAAGCAUGCACAAACAGGCAUUAAUGAUGAGCUAUGCUAAAGAGAGAGAGUGUGUGUGUGUGUGUGUGUGUGUGUGUGUGUGUGUGCUUGGCCUGAGGAAAGUCUUGAAAGCAGGAUAAAGAGAACUGGAUUUGGCCUCUGGGCCCCUGGUUCCACACUUCCUACUCUAAAGCCUAUACUCCCAAGACAGCUUGGAUGUCCUGAGCACAUUAACCAACAGGUGCAUGAUUCACCAGACUGAUGCAAUCCCCACUUGAUAACCUGAGCAGGUUUGAAGUUGCCUGGUGCAAUUUGGAGGGGGGGGGAGAGAACCUAAGCAGACUUCCAGAAGGGCAGGAUGCAGGUUAGAGCAUGAACUGUGAAACAAAUGGUAAUUAUGUAAUGAGACUUUAUAGCCUAUUAUUUCAUACAUACAUAUUUGGAGACCUAGGCCAGGUUCUGAGAGGGACCUUCUGCUUCAGUGCCCUGUUCCAAAAAUAAAAGCACCCCACCAUGCAUCCCUAAAGGAAUUUUUUUAAAAUGUUAUGCAGUCUGCAUAAAAUUUGCAUAUGGCAGUUUAUUUGUAUAUAUGCAAAUUUAGAUAUAAUUGUUAUGAAAUUACUCGUAUAAUUACAAGAAAACAAAUUUAAUUUAAUUAAUGUACAUUUAAUUUAAAUUACUAUUAUUUAAAUAGAAAAACAUAUUGCCACAGUGUGGAAUACAUCAAGUGACUCGUGCUCAGCAGACGCCAGGUCCUGAUGGGCAACUUCAAGACCUCUUCAGUUCUUGCUUCUUAGGGUUGUUUAUCUCUAAACUGAACUUAGACCAGGCAACACUUUAAGUAGAGGGGAGGAUAUACAUGGCCACCCGAACUGUGAUCAUUAUGCAAGUUUCCUACCUGGUAAGGGAGGCCUGGUUUACCUGCAUAGCAGAAUAAGGUAGCCUGAAGUGGUAGAAGUGAUUAGAGACCGUCAAGGACCCUGGGGCUCUCCUCUUUUAUGGCCCCUGAAGUUUAAAUCAGAACUGCCCUCAAACCGGGGGCGGGGGGCGGGCCGGCCCGGGGGAAAUGAUCAAGAACCAUUACUGCCCUACCUACCCUCCAAGGUGGUUUGGGACCCGGCGCUGGGCUUCCCGGCCCAGGCGAAGAAAAUGAGACGAGGCCGAGCAGAUUCGCUUGUGGGCAGGGGGCGGGGCUAGGGCAAGGCAAGGCCGGAUCCACUUGGCUUCAACUCAAUUUCUUCCCCUAGGCCGACUUUCUGGGCUGUUGGGGAAGCCUGCCAAGGCCGCUGCCUGUCCCGCUUUGGGCCCCCGUCCCCCUCCGACAAGCGGAGCACGUGGGACAGUGGCGGCGCUGCUGCCCCGUUUUGCCCGCGCGUGGCGCCGGGGGAGCAGCUCAGCAGCGCCCUGGGCACUGGGCCGGUUGGCCUCCUCUUUGCCCCCAGCCUCCCCGGCAGGAAGGUGGGAUCCUCCUCCCCCCGCCAGUCUCCCUUGCAUGGGUAGGAUGCAGUCAGGCGAGCAAACAACGGAGGAGGAUGGGAAGUUAUUUUGAGUGAUGCAUCUGAUCAAUGCAAUAUGCUUAGUUCAUAGUUAGCCCACGUGGCUUGCUUCUACACACGUGGCCCUCAGUGAUUUUUUCAGACCUGCCUUCUCAGCUCUAGGGUUUGAAAGCUUUGCUAAUAUUACUGCAUUUAUUGCUUUUGCUGACAUACACUCAAAGGAGCUUGAUUAAUAGUUUCAGAACGCUAUGUGCUUGACCACACUUCCAACCCCCAAAGCAGUUGUGUGCCAGUAAUUAAAAGAAGAUGAGAAAAAUCAGCAAAGCAAUUCUGUGGCUAACUGACCAAUUCCUUUAAAUAGGGUCUAUUAAUGAAGUUCACACUUUUGACAACCAGUCUGAUGCUUUUGCAGAAAAAUAUUCCUAGACACAAGACUUUUAUUUUUAUUUUUAAGCCCUUUCAGUCUCCCAUCUCAAGGCUAAGUACAGCAAACCACAUUCCCACCCCUCUCCCCAAGGCUGGUGACAAAGCUUAUAAAACCAUGCUUUUGUGCAGAGUUUUCAUUGUGUGUUGGCAUUUGUUUUAUGUUAUUUUUAAUGACCAAGUAUUUACAGUGGUACCUCGGGUUACAGACGCUUCCAGGUUACAUACGCAUCAGGUUACAGACUCCGCUAACCCAGAAAUAGUACCUCAGGUUAAGAACUUUGCUUCAGGUUGAGAACAGAAAUCGUGCUCCGGGGGCGCAGCGGCAGCGGGAGGCCCCAUUAGCUAAAGUGGUGCUUCAGGUUAAGAACAGUUUCAGGUUAAGAAUGGACCUCUGGAAUGAAUUAAGUACUUAACCCGAGGUACCACUGUAUACAGAUUCUCAGAGUGGCCUCCAAGUAAUUCAAAUUGUGCAGAAGAAAUGUGUGUGUGUGUCUGCAGCACUUUCAGUGAUACAGAGAAAAUGUCUUCUGGGAGCGAAGAGGGGCAAGUGGCGCGGUGUUGAGAGUCAACUGCUUCUUCCGUGGAGCGAAGCCGCAUAGCCGUUGCCGGAGAGCGCUGCCUUUUUCCUGGGACAAUUUGGCUAUUAAAACAACUACCCGUGAGUAGCUUAAUUUCGGACAAUUGGACUUUAAACAACGACCUGUGAGUAGAAAGGAAAAUUGGAUCAAGAAAUUCCUCUUAAUUUGGCACUGAAACGGGAAGGUCUAAACAGGAAGUCAGCCUUCCGUUUCUUGUAGAUAGAUUAAAGCAAAGACAUGGCAAACUAGAGUUCAGAAAAUUGUCUGUAAAGGAUUAACUUUCAUCAUCUAAAAUUGUUGAACCCCCCUCGGAAGCAGGAGAAGAGGGGGGAUUUUUUCCGGACUGUUUAAACCUGCAGAAGAGAGUGUAAAGAAAAGUAAUUUUCCACCGUCUUGAACCUGGGAGCGGGGUGUCAAGACUGACGUUUUUGGGAAGCUCAUUGACUAUAGACAAACGUCUUUGACAGACAGUUAAAGGAAGAGAAACAUAGUGAUUCCAUUGCUCUCCUUCGCAUUUUAAAGGAACAAAUAUUGACAAAAUAUCUGAAAAAGGAAACUUUGUUGUUAGAUCUGCCUUUAAAAGAAAAGGGGGAAAAAGAAAAGAGAUGGAUACAAAUAGAAGUUCUUCCCCUAGAGGGAGCCUGUGAAACUGUUACUAAAUCUGAACCAGGGAGCUCUGCAGCUGCAACAGUUUAAGAUCGUGGGAACAGACUUCUGACCUUCAUAACAAUGUAUUCAGAAGCUCUGGUGCGUGCUUUCUGCAAGACAAGUGCCCUAUUGGAACAGUUACAUGAGAAGACGGACUUGAUGACUGUUGCGAUCAGAAAUUUUGGACAGGUUGUGGGUAAUUAUAUAGAAUCCACCCAGGAAUCAACUCAGGAGUGUGCUCUGACAGAUCAGAUGAGGGAAGAGGAUGUUGCUGGACCUCGGGUGGCAGAGAUGGAGGGAGCUGUGGCCCAGCAGGAACAUGAGUUGUUGGAUUUGACAAAUGAACUAGGAAAAAGCCAGAUUUGGAGAGAUACAGUUUUGUUUGGUUUGGAAAUGGGGGGUUGGAUGGACCCCCCUAUGCAGGGAUGUUUUGACUCUUCAAGUCUGGCAAUGGGCCGUGAGAUGUUUGGGGUUGUGGUGGUUCUUAAUUCUGGAGGGACUUUGAACUAUGUUUUUAAAUACCACAUGGAGUUUAGUAUGGAAUAUGGAAAAGGGGCUGAUUUGUCGAGAAGGGACAAAAAUAUUGUCAAGCUGGAGUUUCCAUGAGUAAAAGGAGCAGGAGAUAAAGUAAAGUACAGGUAUAAAUAUGAAGAAGAGCUGCGGAAGGGACAUAGAAGAGACUUAAGGGCCUCGGACAUAAGAUUACCAGGUUAAUGAGCUAGAUUGAUGGGAUAGAAAGGACUGACAAAACCCGGGACCAGGAGGAAGAGACAUUGGAUGAAGAUUGGAAGAAAGUUUUUUUUAAAAAAAAAAUUAUUAGGAUUGUUUUAUAAAAUUGAUGAAUGUUAGAAAAAUGUUGGAAGGAAAUUAUUUGGCUUUAGCAGAAAUGUUAAAAGAAUUAUGUAAGAAUAUGUUAUGGUUAUGAGAAAUUGGUAUAAAUAAGAUUUAAGUUUUAGGGUCUUUUAUAGUAAGAUAAGGUUAAAAUAGAUUAAGGUAAUUUAAUGACAGAAUACUAUGAAAAAAGGGAAAGGAUUUGCUGUGAUAAUUAACAACUAGAAUACAACUAGAAUACAACUAGAAUACAACUAGAAAAAGGGAGGAGUGAGGAGGUCAAUGAAAUAAGGUAAUGACAGUUAAGGAUUUGGGAAUAUUGGAUUUGUUUUUAAAUUUUUGUGGUUUAUUUUUGCUUUUUGAUUGUGUUGUGUUACGUGUUUUGUUGUUAUUUUUUGAUUUUGAUUUUUAUUAAUUUGUAUUGUUUGAUUGUGGCUUGUUUUUCUUUUGUUUUUUUCCCUUCUUUUUCUCUUUGUCUUUUCUGUAAUUUUAAAAUUCCUAACAAAUAUCAUUAAAAAAAGAAAAGAAAAUGUCUUCUGGAGAAAACGUUGCAGUAAUUUUGAGGAUGAAAUGUAUCACCAACCUUCGCAGAAAUUGCUCACGUGCUAGCCUCCAUUCUCAGGAUGGGGUUACCGUACUAAAAUAAUCUUAUCCGUGUAACAUAAAAUGAAUGUGCCACAUUUCCUCUGUCAUGGGUCAGUGGGGAUUUAGCUUCACCUAACAGCAUAACACUUAACAACUCGAUGACAUAACAUCAAGCCACACUUGGAUUAUUUACUUCUGUGUGCUUGUGUAUCUGUGUCUCCCUUGUAUCAAUUAGGAACUAUUCUCUCACCUUUCCUUUGAUAUGUAUGCUACUGAUUACUUCUGCCAUUUUAAUUUUAGAGAAAAUGUUUAAUUUAAAAAGGAUCAGUACUAUAGAAUGGUGGUAGCAAUACAUUGAAGACAAGUAAAUAUUUUAGGGAGGGUGGUCCCAGAGCUCUGGCUGCAUCCCAGAGCCCUAGUGCCACCAUCGCAAAGAGGAAAAAAUGGACAGACUUUGGUACUCUUUUGUCCCCCCCUCCCAUGUCUUUCUCUCUAUCUGAGCUGGCUCCCUGCCUGUUACGUUACAUGCGGGUGGGGUUCCUCUCUGUGUAAAGUCUUCAAGCUGGGCCUGCAUGCGCCUGACAAAUCUGCCCCAUUGUCAAAAUUUAUCUUUCCCCCCACCUCCAGUCUCCGUUGUUGUGUGUCCUGGCUGAGGGGGAAAAACAGGAGACGGGUGGCCAUCGGUCAGGGAUGGUCUAGUUGAGAUUCCUGCAUUGCCCCUUGAUGACACUCAGGGAUCCCUUCCAACUCUACAAUUCUCUGGUGCAGGUUUGUACAGAGUUUUAGGUACAAGUUGGACUCCUCCUGGUACUCCUCCUCCUUCUGGUCACGGACUCUUCCAGUCAGGUUGGCUAGCUCCGAAAAACCCAUCAUCUUCAUCUGCCAUUCCUCCACUGUUGGGACUUCUUGUGUUUUCCAAUUCUUAGCUAACAAAAUUCUUGCUGCAGAUGUAGCAUACAAAAACAAUUUAACAUCUUUCUUGGGCAAUUCCAGACCUGUUAUUCCAAGAAGAAAGGUCUCUGGUUUUUUAAUAAAUGUAUAUUUCAACAUUUUUUCAGUUCAUUAUAAAUCUUCUCUCAGAAGUCUUUCACCUUGGGGCAGGUCCACCACAUAUGAUAAAAGGUACCCUCCUUUUCUUUACAUUUCCAACAUAAAUUAUCACUGUUGUGGUAAAUUUUUGCUAAUUUUACAGGGGUUAAGUACCAUCUAUACAUCAUUUUCAUAAUAGUUUCCUUUAACACUGUACAUGCAGUGAACCUGACCCCUUUCUUCCACAAUCUUUCCCAGUCUUCAAACAUUAUGUUGUGUCCCACAUCUCUUGCCCAGUCUAUCAUCACAGAUUUAACUUGUUCAUCCUUUGUAUGCCAUUCCAACAAUAAAUUACACAUUUUGGACAAAUUUUUAACUUUAGAGUCCAACAAUUCCUGUUUCCAAUUUAGUUUUUUCUGAAGCAAAACCAUUUUUCUUAUCUAAUUUAUACAAUUCAUUGAUCUGGUGAUAAUGUAACCAAUUUAUCUUAUCUUUAAUUUGAUCAAAUUGUUUUAAUUUAUAACCCUCUUUGUCUUCCAGUAGCAGGUCUUAAUAUCUCAACCAUUUGGUUUCCAUAUUUAACUUUUUCUGGGCCUUUGCCUCCAUUGGUGAGAGCCAUCUGGGUGUCUUCCUUUCUAAGAGAUCUUUAUAUUUUAUCCAAACAUUAUAUAGAGUUUCCUAAUUACAUGGUUUUUAAAAGCAUUAUGGGCCUUUACUUUAUAUACCAUAAAUAUGCAUGCCAUCCAAACACAUUAUCAAAUCCCUCCAAGUCUAAGACAUCAGUUUCUUCUAGUUGUAUCCAUUCCUUAAUCCAGCAAAGCGCUGCUUCUUCAAAAUAGAUCUUCAAAUCUGGCAGGGAAAAUCCCCCUCUUUCUUUGGAAUCUGUUAGUAAUUUAUAUUUAAUUCUGGGGUUUUUCCCCUGCCAGAUAAAUCUAGAUAAAGCUUUCUGCCAUUCUUUAAAACAUUUCACAUUGUCAAUAAUUGGGAGGGCUUGGGGGAAAAAAUAAUCUUUGGCAAUACAUUCAUCUUGACCACCGAAAUCCGGCCCAUUAAUGACAAUUUUUUUUAAAAAGAUAUUUAUUAAAGUUUAAACAUUACAAAGAAAAGAAAAGAGGAACAAAAGAAAAAUACAAGAAAUAAACAAUUACAAAACCUCAAACACAAAAAUAAAUACAGUAAUACAAAACAUCAACAAUACAAAAAAAGAGGGGGGGGGAACAAAAAAGAAAACAAAAGCAUUUAAAAAACCCAAAAAAAGAACAAACGAAAAUAAAAAGGACCCUGUAUUUUCAUAUCCUUAUCUUUCAUUUGCUUAUUUCCUCGACUUCCUCACACCUCCUUUUUUGUAUUCUAGUUCAAUUAAUUAUUCCAGCAAGUCCUUUCCCUCUUUCUCAAAUUUAGUUCCAUAAUUUAUCUUUACGCAAUUUAGCCUUAAAUUUACACCUUUACCCAAUAUCAAUCUAUUCAUACUUAAUUCUUUAUAAUAUUUCUACUAAAGUCAUAUAGCUUCUUUCCAGCAUCCUUCUAACAUUCAUUAAUUUUAGAAUAUUUCUGUAAAUAUACUUUAAAUUUUUUCCAAUAUUCUUCCACCGACUCUUCUCCCUGGUCUCGGAUUCUGCCAGUCAUUUCCGCCAAUUCCAUAUAAUCCAUCAGCUUCAUCUGCCAUUCUUCCCUGGUAGGUAGCUCUUGUGUCUUCCAAUGCUUUGCGAUAAGUAUUCUUGCUGCUGUUGUGGCGUACAUAAAAAAAACUCUGUCCUUCUUUGGCACCAAUUGGCCCACGAUGCCCAGGAGAAAGGCCUCUGGUUUCUUUAAAAAGGUAUAUUUAAAUACCUUUUUCAUUUCAUUAUAGAUCAUCUCCCAGAAUGACUUAAUCUUUGGGCAUGUCCACCAAAGGUGAAAGAAUGUACCUUCAGUUUCACUACAUUUCCAACAUUUAUUAUCGGGCAAAUGAUAAAUUUUUGCAAGCUUGCAGGGCAAAUCCACCUCUUUCUUUAGCAUCAGUUAAAAUCUUAAAUUUUAUACGAGGCUUCUUGCCCUGCCAGACAAAUCUGGAAAUAUCUCUCUGCCACUUCUUGAAACAGUCCAUUUUGUCCAAAAUUUGCAGUGAUUGAAACAGAAAUAACAUUCUUGGCAAUACAUUCAUUUUUAUUUUUAUUUUUUAAAUAAUAUUUAUUCCAAAUUUAAAAUCACAGAAAAAAAGAAAAGCCAUACAGAGUACAAAGAAAAUUUUGACCAUAACAGAACAAAAAAUAAACAAGUAAAAAGAACAAUAAGAUAGAAUAAAAAAAAAACUUAACAAAAAAUAUAAAAAUGUAUUAAGUUAAAAAUAAAACAAAAGCAGGUUAAACCUUUACAUAUCCUUUUCCCUUUACUUAUUUCCAUUGACCUCCUCUCACCUCCCAAUUUUGUAUUCUAGUUCAAAUCGUAUUUCCAGCAAAUCCCUCUAAUAUUGUUUUCAUUUACGUAUUUUAGAAUUAAAGUAAUAUAAUUAAACCUCCUCUAUUUCAUCAAGUUCAUCAACUCAUCUUUGCUUAUUCCAUUAUAUCGUAUCUACCGAAACGACCUAAUAUUCUUUUUCCAACCUCCUUCUAACAUUCUUUUAUAUUACAAUACUUUUGAAGAUAUAUUUUGAAUUUUUCCAAUCUUCUUCCAUCGACCCUUCUCCCUGGUCUCGAAUUCUGCCGGUCAUCUCAGCCAGCUCCAUAUAGUCCAUCACUUUCAUCUGCCAUUCUUCUCGGGUGGGCAGUUCUUGUGUCUUCCAGUACUUCCCGAUGAGUAUUCUUGCUGCUGUUGUAGCAUACAUAAAGAAAGUACUAUCCUCCCUUCGCACCACUUGGCCGACCAUUCCCAGUAGAAAGGCCUCUGGUUUCUUCAGAAAGGUAUAUUUAAAUACCUUUUUCAGUUCAUUAUAUAUCAUUUCCCAGAAAGCCUUAAUCCUUGGGCAUGUCCACCAAAGGUGAAAAAAUGUACCCUCUGUCUCUUUACAUUUCCAACAUUUACUGUCUGGCAAAUGAUAGAUUUUUGCUAGCUUGAAUGGGGUUAAGUACCACCUGUAAAUCAUUUUCAUUAUAUUCUCUCUUAGGGCAUUACAAGCCGUAAAUUUCAUACCUGUGGUCCAUAACUGUUCCCAGUCAGCAAACAUAAUAUUAUGUCCAAAAUCUUGUGCCCAUUUAAUCAUAACAGAUUUAACCGUUUCAUCCUGUGUAUUCCAUUUCAACAGCAAGUUAUACAUUCUUGAUAAAUUCUUAGUUUUAGGAUCUAACAGUUCUGUUUCCAAUUUUGAUUUUUCCUCCUGGAAACCAAUCUUUUUAUCUAGGUUAUAUGCCUCCCUUAUUUGAUAGUAAUGAAGCCAGUCUCGAACCUUAGUUUUUAAUUUGUCAAAACUCUGCAGCUUUAGUUUGUUACCAUCUUGUUCUAAAAUUUCACAAUAUUUUGGCCAAUUUGUCUCCAUGUUAGUUUUUUUCAGAGCCUUAGCCUCCAUUGGUGACAGCCACCUUGGUGUUUUACUUUCCAACAAAUCCUUAUAUCUCACCCAGACAUUAAACAAUGCUUUCCUGACAAUAUGGUUCUUAAAGGCCUUAUGUGCUUUAACCUUGUCAUACCAUAAAUAUGCAUGCCAUCCAAAGACAUUGUCAAAACCUUCUAAGUCCAAAAUGUCCGUGUUUUCAAGAAGCAGCCAAUCUUUCAGCCAGGAAAAUGCGGCUGAUUCAUAAUAAAGUUUAAGGUCUGGCAGGGCAAAUCCACCUCUUUCUUUAGCAUCAGUUAAAAUCUUAAAUUUUAUUCUUGGUUUCUUGCCCUGCCAGACAAAUCUCGAAAUAUCUCUCUGCCAUUUCUUGAAACAGUCCAUCUUGUCCAAAAUCUGCAAUGUUUGAAACAAAAACAACAUCCUAGGCAAUACAUUCAUCUUUAUCGCAGCAAUUCGGCCCAACAAUGAUAACUUCAAUUUUGACCAUAUUUCCAAAUCCUUCUUCACUUCUGUCCAACAUUUUUCAUAAUUAUCUUUAAAUAAAUUCACAUUUUUAGCAGUCAUGUAAACCCCUAGAUAUUUCACUUUCUUGACCAAUGUUAAUCCUGUCUCCUUCUGAAACCUCUCUUUCUCAAUCUCUGUAAGAUUUUUCUCUAACACCUUAGUUUUGGCCUUAUUCAAUUUAAAUCCUGCUACUUGACCAAAUUCUUGGAUUAAUUGCAAUACUCUUUUUGUGCUGGAUUCUGGCUCCUGUAGUGUCAAAACCAAAUCAUCAGCAAAAGCUUUCAGUUUAUACUGUUUAGCUCUGAGUUGUAUACCUUUAACCAAUUGGUCUUUCCUGAUCAUAUUAAGCAGGACCUCCAGGACCGAUAUAAAAAGCAAUGGGGAGAUUGGGCAACCCUGUCUUGUUCCUUUCUCAAUCUUAAACUCUUCUGUAACUACAUUAUUUACGAUCAACUUAGCUUUUUGUUCCGAAUAUAUUGCACCUAUACCGUUUUCAAAACUUUGGCCUACCCCAUUCCCUGUAAAUUUUUCUUCAUAAAACUCCAAGAAAUAUUAUCAAAGGCUUUCUCCGCAUCCACAAAUAUUAGAACCGCUUUAGUAUUAAUAUUAACUUGUAAUUUUUCUAAAAUGUUAAUUAUGUUCCUCGUAUUAUCUGACAAAUGCCUCCCCGGAAGAAAGUCCGCUUGGUCUUUAUGGAUUUCUUUCACCAGUCCGUUUUUUAAUCUUUUAGCCAUAAUUUCUGCAAAAAUUUUGUAAUCCACAUUAAGUAAGGAUAUGGGACGGUAGUUCUUAAGCUGUGUCCUUUCCGCUUCUGUUUUUGGUAUGAGUGUAAUAUAAGCUUCUUUCCAUGACUCGGGUGCCUUUCCUCCCCGUAGUAUUUCAUUGCAAACUUCUUUCAGAGGCUGCAUUAACCAUUCUUUCAAAGAUUUAUAAUAUUUUGCAGUCAAACCAUCUGGCCCUGGAGAUUUGCCCAAUUUCAUAUCCUGAAUGGCUCCUUCCACCUCUUGGUCAGUUAUUAUAGAAUUUAACAUCGAUUUACUUUCUUGAGAGAUUUUUUGUAGUCCAUUUGUUCUCAAAAACCGAUCAAUGUCCAUUUCUUUCUGAGUCUCCUGCGUGUAUAACUGUUUAAAAUACUUCUGAAAACACUUUCUAAUCUCCACAGGGUUCUGUAUACUCUUUCCUUCUACCACCAAGUUCGUAAUAGUAUUAAGCUUUUGUCUUUUUUUCAUUUGCCAUGCCAACAAUUUCCCACACUUAUUUGCUGAUUCAAAUGUCCUUUGUCUCAUCUGUUUGAUCUUCCAUUCUAUUUCCUGAUUCGUCAAUUUCAUAUAUUGUACUUGAUAUAACUUUAUCUUGCAAUACAUUCAUUUUUAUCACAGCAAUUCGGCCUAGCAACGAUAGCUUCAAAUUUGACCAUAUUUCUAAGUCUUUUUUCACUUCAGUCCAACAUUUUUCAUAGUUAUCCUUAAAUAAAUUCACAUUCUUAGCAGUCAUAUUGACCCCUAAAUAUUUCACUUUCUUAACCAGUGUCAGACCUGUCUCCUUCUGAAACUUCUCUCUCUCAAUCACAUUCAGAUUUUUCUCCAGAACUUUAGUUUUCAUCUUAUUCAUCUUAAAACCUGCUACCUGGCCAAAUUCUUGAAUCAAUUCUAAUACUCUUUUCGUACUUGAUUCUGGCUCCUGUAAAGUCAAUACUAAGUCAUCUGCAAAUGCUUUCAGUUUGUACUGUUUAGCUCCCACUUGUAUACCUUUAACCAAUUGGUCCCUUCUAAUCAUAUUUAACAAAACCUCCAGGACCGAAAUAAAAAGCAAUGGAGAGAUUGGGCAACCCUGUCGUGUUCCUUUCUCAAUCUUGAAUUCUUCCGUCACUACAUUAUUCACAAUUAAUUUAGCCUUUUGUUCUGAGUAAAUUGCACCUAUGCCAUUUCCAAAACCUUUACCAACCCCCAUCCCCGAUAAAUUCUUCUUCAUAAAACUCCAAGAAAUAUUAUCAAAGGCUUUCUCCGCGUCCACAAAAAUCAGAACUGCUUUAGUAUUAAUCUUCACUUGUAGCUUUUCUAGAAUAUUAAUUAUAUUCCUCGUAUUAUCAGACAAAUGCCUGCCCGGGAGAAAGCCCGCUUGGUCUUUAUGAAUUUCUUCUGCUAGGACCUUUUUUAAUCUUUUAGCCAAAAUGUCUGCAAAGAUUUUAUAAUCCACAUUAAGCAGUGAUAUGGGAUGGUAGUUUUUAAGUUGCGUCUUUUCAGACUCUGAUUUUGGUAUAAGUGUAAUGUAUGCUUCUUUCCACAACUCAGGUGCCCUUUUCCCUUCCAAUAUUUCAUUACAGACUUCCUUUAAUGGUUGUAUUAACCAUUCUUUCAAAGUUCUGUAGUAUCUAGAAGUCAGUCCAUCCGGUCCUGGAGAUUUACCUAAUUGCAUAUUCUGUAUGGCCCCUUCUACUUCCUGAUCUGUUAUUCUAUAAUCAAGCAUUAAUUUAUUUUCUUGGGAAAUUUUUUGUAGUCCAUUUAUUUCCAGAAAUUUAUCAAUGUCCAUUUCAUUCUGCUUUUCUUGUGUAUAUAAUUGUUUGAAAUACCUCUGGAAGCACCUUCUAAUUUCAGCUGGAUUCUGUAUAUUCUUUCCUUCCACUUCCAAAUUCGUAAUGGUAUUUAAUUUUUGUCUUUUUUUCAAUUGCCAAGCCAGCAGUUUCCCACACUUAUUUGCCGAUUCAAAUGUCUUUUGUCUCAUCUGUUUAAUCUUCCAUUCUAUUUCCUGAUUCAUCAUUUUCAUAUAUUGUACUUGGUAAAGCUUUGUUUCUUUUAAAAUUUCCUGGGACUUUGGUUUCACCCUCAGUUUCUUCUCUCCUUCCUUUAUUUUUUCCAAGAUUUUAUCUUCUUCUUAUGCCACAGGGUUCUCCACAGACUUUCCUUCUGUCACAAUAAUUGUGAUAGUACUUUGUUUUUGCCUCUUUUUUAAUUGCCAAGGUAAAAGUUUCCCAAAUUUAUUUGCAGAUUCAAUGUUCCUUUGUCUCAUCCUCUUUAGUUUCCAUUCUAUUUCUUGAUUAAUAAUUUGUGAGUAUUGAGUCUGUAAGGCUUUGAUUUCCUUUUGUGUCUGCAAAUUCUUUGGAUUGCCUCUAAGGAUCUUUUAGUUGUUCCAGAAUUUUAUCUUUUUUCUCAUUCUGUAUCUUUCUCCUAAUUGAAUUUUGUUGAAUGAGAAAUCCUCUCAUUACUGCUUUGCUGGCGUCCCAAAUAACCCUUGCUUCCAUUCCCUGGUUCAUAUUAAUUUCAAAAUAGUCCUUUAGGGCUUUUUGGGCUUUAUUUACAAUUUGGGUACUCCUCAACAAAUAAUCAUUCAUUCUCCAUCUGAAAGAACCCUGUAAGGACAUUUUCAAUUCCAUAAAAACUGCAUUAUGAUCUGAGCAAGUUUUAGGGCAAAUUUCCGUUUUUGAUACUUUAGGAACCAGGUCUCUGGAUAUCCAUAAAUAAUUGAUUCUCGAAAAUGACAAAUUUGCAUCUGAAUAGAAUGUGAAGUCUUUUUCAGUUGGAUUUCUAACUCUCCAUAUGUCUGACAGGUCGAAUUUGUCAGUUAUUUCAAAGAAAGUUUUAGGUAGUCUGCCAGCAUUUAAUAUUUUCUGCCUCUGAGUUCUGUCCAUUAAGGUAGAUGCCACUCCAUUCAAAUCUCCCAUUAAAUUUAAUUUGUAAUCCAAGUGUUCCAAAAGACUUGUUUCCAAGUUUUUUAAGAAUUCUGAUUUGCUGCAUAGAUUCCCAGUAACAAAUAUUUUUCACCUUGUGCUGUAAUUUCCACUGGAAUGUAUCUUCCCCCCUCCUCUUUAAAGAUCACUUUUGGGUUCCAUUUUUCUUUGAUAUAGAAAACCACUCCUCUUUUUUUCACUUUAUCUGAAGAAAUAAAUUCUUGAUCGAGUUUUUUAUUUGAUAAAAUUUUUCUAUGUAGCCUUGUAAUGUGUGUUUCCUGUAAACAAAUUACAUCCAAAUUCUGCUUUUCCAAAACAUAGUAAACCUGUCUCCUUUUCUGAGGAGAUUAAGCCAUUAACAUUCCAAGAAUAAAUUCUCAAAGCCAUGAUGUUAGAUUAAGGGGUCACCGCUCCUACCCCGGCAGCUGCAGGCUUUCCAGUCCAAGUUCCACCAAGUACUUUUGCAGAAAUCUGUCUUUCUCUCCAACAGUCUUAAUUCUUUGCUUUCUUCCUCCAAAUUUGAAGGAAAGACCCUCUGGGAAUUCCCACCUGAAGAAGAUUUUUUUCCUCCUCAAGAUGUUUGCCAAUUCUGUGAAACUGGAUCUCAGGUUCAAGAAGUGUCUAGGAAUCUCUUUGAAAAGGACAAUGGGUUUAUCCUGAAUUUUUAAAACUUUUUUGCAGUCCCAAAAUGAUAUCUCUUUGUUCCUUGGUCUUGAAGACCACUAUGCAGUCAUAAGUUAUUUUUGAAUCCUUUUUGGGGCCAAACCUAUAGGCUUUUUCUAUCCACAGUUCAACUUCUUCCUUUUUCAAGUCCCACCACGCCACAAAAUGGUCUGUCAAACACUCCUUGAGUGGCUCUUCUUCCAAUUGAGGGACCCCUCUCAAUCUUAGAUGAGAUUCCCAUUCCUUCAUCUGACGAAAUGCAAUAGAAUUUGAAUUUUCAUAUUGUAUUCCUUCCAAAUCUGAAACUCUAACUGUCUCAAGCUGUGCCAACUUUUAAUUCAACACUUAAAUUCAACACUUAAAUCUUCAAACUUUUUAUUCAAUUUUUCUAUACCCUCUGUAUUAUGAUUUGUAUUGUCUCUGAUUUUCAUUACUGAUUCCUCAAAGGCUGCACUUUUAGAGCCAUGUCUUCCAGUUCCCUAAUCUGGUUAGUCGGCACUCAAGAAUUUCAAGUUCAGUCCCACAGUUUAGUGGAGUGAGAGAGAAAAACAGAUUCCCACCACCAGUCCCACAGGUGCCAGCCCAGGCAGCCCGCAGCCCCACUGUUCCUUGUUGUUAAAAGCCAGGCUGUAAAAGAAAUUUUCCAAGUCCCUUUUGGAAUUUAACAGACAAUCCUGGAGGUAACAGAUACUUUUAGCUACUUUAAAAUGUGUCCAUACAGCAGCAGGAUACAAAAUAACAGAGUCAAUGGAAACGAAAAUCAAAUGUUUCACCUUCCAUUGUGAUGUCACAAUGGAGUCUAGCCUUUCCGUCCCGGGGGUCCGCAGCAGAAUGAAGGAGCUUCUUUACUUUAAUCACAGUCUCUCAGGGUUUUUAAAACUUAAAGUAAUCCCCCCUCUUCCCCCUGCAGAAGGGGGGCAUUAGAUUUGACUUGCAAACUUUCAAACAGUCUUUUUACUAUUGAGGCUUCGGUCCUCGUUUACCGACUCUACUUUAGUUCAACGAAAGGGAUCGACCUCCGUUUUUAAAUCCCCUUUUCCCUGCUAAUCUUGAUCAAAUUUAAACUUUAUCCUUUACUUACAGUUCCAAAUUUUAAGUCCUUUUUUUUGAAGGAAUUGGCCGCUCACAAACCCCAGACUCGGAGCUUCGCGCUGUGAAGGAAGCAGUCGUUUCCGCUGUGCCGCGUCUCCAACCCCACUCGCUCUUGGGGCUCCUACGAGCUUACCGGGGGAGUGGGGGAGUCGCCAGAAGGCACCCACAGGAUCACCAGGUCCUCAGAAUGCCCAAUCUGAGGUUUUCCCCAGGGGAACGCGUCGCUCUUGCGGUCUCUCCUUGCUUCACUGCGCUGUGGCUCUUUCAGCCAAAAGAGCUCCCGUCUGCUAUUACUGGGCGACCAACUGGAAGUCUAGCUGCCACAUUUUGGAUUAAUUGCAGUUUCUGGGUAACCUUUAAAGGUAGGUAGCCUCACGUAGAGCGCAUUGCAGUAGUCCAAGCGGGAGAUAACUAGCGCUUGCAACACUCUGGUGAGACAGUCCGUGGGCAGGUAGGGUCUCAGCCUGUGUACCAGAUGGAGCUGGUAAACAGCUGCCCUGGACACAGAAUUGACCUGCGUCUCCAUGGACAGCCGUGAGUCCAAAAUGACUCCCAGGCUGCGCACCUGGUCCUUCAGAGGCACAGUUACCCCAUUCAGGACCAGGGAGUCGUCCAUACCAGCCGGCCCCCUGUACCCCAAAAACAGUACUUCUGUUUUGUCAGGAUUCAACCUCAAUCCAUUAGCCGCCAUCCAUCCUCCAACCGCCUCUAGACAUUCACACAGGACCUUCACCGCCUUCACUGGUUCUGAUUUGAAAGAGAGGUAGAGCUGGGUAUCAUCCGCAUAUUGAUGGACACCCAGCCCAAACCCCCUGAUGGUCUCUCCCAGCAGCAUCAUGUAGAUGUUAAAAAGCAUGGGGGAGAGGACAGAACCCUGAGGCACCCCACAAGUGAGGGCCCCGGGGUCUGAACACUCAUCCCCCCCCCCAUUUUCUGGAUACUGCCUGGAGGAAAGAGUGGAACCACUGUAAUAACAGUGCCCUCUAGAUGGUCCAGAAGGAUGUUAUGGUCGAUUGUAACAAAAGCCACUGAGAGAUCCAGCAGAACUAGAAAACAGCUUUCACCUUUGUCCAUAGCCCACCGGAGAUCAUCGACCAGCACGACCAAGGCAGUUUCAGUCCCAUGGUGAAGCCUGAAUCCCGAUUGGAAGGGAUCCAAAUGGUCUGCAUUCUCCAGGCGUGCCUGGAGUUCAGCAUCCACCCUCUCAAUCACCUUCCCAAGAAUGGAAUAUUUGAGACUGGGCGAUAGUUGGCCAUACUGGCUGGGUCUAAAGAUGUUUUUUUAAGAAGCGGUUUAAUGACCGCUUCUUUCAGCGGGUCUGGGAAAGCUCCCUCACAGAGGGAAGCAUUCACCACCCUGCAGAGCCCAUCGCCCAGCCCUUCCCGGCUUGCUUUUAUUAGCCAGGAUGGGCAAGGAUCAAGGAGACAGGUGGUUGGUUUCACGCGUCCAAGCAGCCUGUCCACAUCCUCGGGGGUAACGGAUUGAAAUUGAUUCCAUGCAACUUGACCAGACAGGGCUCUAGCACUCUCCCACCCCAGCCCUGCUCCCACGGUGGUAUCUAGCUCCUUCCGAAUAUGAGUGAUUUUAUCUGCAAAAAACUUUGCAAAAUCGUUGCAGGAGAUCUUGGGGUCUUUACAAGGCUCCGGUGGUAAAGGUGGUUCUGUUAAAUUGUGGACCACCUGAAAGAGUCUCCUGCUACUAUUUUCUGCAGAUGCAAUAGAGGCAGUGAAGAAAGUCUUAUUCGCCGUGGCUAUCACCGCUUGGUACGCUCAACGUUGAGCUCUAACCCGUGUCUGGUCCGGUUCAGAAUGAGUUCUCUGCCACCGGCGCUCUAGUCGUCUCAGCAAUUGUUUCCUUGCCCUCAUCUCUGGGGGAAACCACAGGGCUGUCCGGGCUCCAUGCAAUCGGAGAGGGUGCUUGGGAGACAGUCAAUAGCCCUAGUUAACUCCACAUUCCAGCGGGCCACCAGGGAAUCAGAUGAAAAUUAAUCCCCAACCAGAUAUCCAUCCCACCCACCCCAACAGAGCAAAAGGGGGGGGGAGGAGAAGAAACAACUUAAAGUGCCACCGACUGCUUAAGGACAUUUUAAAACACAUUAGACACUUGGAACAGGAAAGCAAUAGCAGAACAACUCUGCAGUUUUGUAGCUGGGAGUGUGAGGGCCUGGGCCCCACCCCCUGGGCCAGUUGGAAAAGGCCUUGGAAGGGAGCAACAUUCCUUUGUAAGAAAAUAUGAAAUAAAGUCAAACCAUUUUUACAGGCAAAAUUAAAAUAAAAUAAAUCAAUGUGGGGUGGGGGUGACAAGAAAUUUUCCGCACCGGGUACCACCUGACCUUCCUACGCCACUGCCCUCAAAUAGAGAACAUCUUCAAGUAAGAGAAUUGUCCUCUAGAAUAGGGUUAAGCAACCUAAGCCCGUGCAAUCAGCGUGUUUUUACAUGAGUAGAAUGUGUGCUUUUAUUUAAAAUGCAUCUCUAGGGUAUUUGUGGGGCAUAGGAAUUCGUUCAUCCCCCCCCCAAAAAAAUAUAUAGUCUGGCCCACCACAUGGUCUGUGGGAUGGUGGACCAGCCCACGGCUGAAAAAGGUUGUUGACCACCCUAGAGGGCCCCUAUGCUUGUUGACAUGCAGGGUGGUUUCUUACUGCAUAUUAAUCUGUUUGUCAUUCUUAUGAUAUUUGUUCAUACCUUGCAAGUGUCCCAGGACAUCCCGUUUUUUCGCACGAGCAUGGCGGCCAUUUUGAGUGCUGCAAUAUCAUCCUGAAAAAAGCACUUUUUCGGGGCCACAAUCUCUUGCAGCACCAUGACACACAUGUUUUUGCAUGCCAGGAGAGUACAGCACUGGAAAAAAUGAGUCUUUUGGGUUCUGUGAUCUCGUGCAGGUGAUGUAACUCACGUGGGAGCACGGCCAGGAAGAAACACAUCCUGGUUUGGGUGCUCAACAUGUUGGAGGUUAUGUUCAUUGUUAUUAUGAAGCAUCAUGCCUUAUCAUGUCAACCAGGAGGAAACAAACUGGGAGGAGAUAAGCCUACCAAGAGCUUUCUCUGAAUCACUGAAUGUCUAUGACCCCCUAUCACCAGAGAUACAUUUCUUGUGCCUUUAAGGCCUCAGUUGGGAUCUAUAUCUGGGCUCAGGUUUGGUCUUGGUUAACUUGUCUUCAUCAUUCUCCUCUACAGAUCUCCUCGAUGAUGAUAUUGCAGAUGAUGUAAGGUGCCUUAAGAAGGUUAUCACCGAGAAAGGGCUGGAGUAUUGGUGAGUGACAUCAGCUUUCCUGCUUUAUCAGAAUGAGCAGCUGGGGAAAAUGAUGUAAUCAAGUCAAAGCAGAAAACAAAAAACUGUUUUUAAAGGCCCUUUAUUAGGGGAUGAAAGUAAGAGACACAAAUCAUUGUUUUUGUAGUAAGUAAAUAUAGUUUUAAGAGAUAUAUGCAAGAUCUUUCAUGAUAAAGUAAAUCUGCAAUCUUUUCACUUCAAAAUCCUCAUAUGCUUAAGGAAGGUACACCAACACAUAGAAGUUCCUUUGGGUCAUUCUGUUAUGAAAAGGGUUGCCGAAAUACGAUACACGAUGAAUAUUAAGGGCAUUUCCAUAUAGGGUAGUUUGUUUUGGAAUAGGUGCUGCUCAUGCAAGAUGAGGGUGUUUAUUGCCCAGCCUCAUGUCCAAAAUACACAGGCAAAGCCUCCUCCAUGUGAAUGAGGAAAAGUCAGCUGAAGUCAGGGUGUUCCUCCAGCCCAGGUUUCCUUUCCCCCUGUGUUUCCUCCCUCCUCGGUGUCAGAUCCUGCCAACCCAAGCCUGAUACCACUGUGAGGCUUGUGACAAUUAUUUUGCUAAGUAUAAAAUAAAUAUGGACACUCAUUUCUUUGCUAUUAAAUCUCUUGCUCCUGCAUUCUUUCCUAUUACCUUUGCAGAGUUUUAGUUCUGAGUGCAAAAUAUAAAUUUCCCUCAGUGAGUUUUGGCAUACUAUCCAGUCAGUAGGUUCAAGCUUUGGGGAGAUAAUAAUAAUUUGAGGUUAUUAUUCUGCUAAAUUCACCUUUCACAUCACCAGGCACUCACAAAUCACCCCCAAUGUGUUUUGUUCUGCUAGGACAAGCCUGGACCUGCCCUGAUUUAUGGUUUUACAUCAGGGCUGGCCCACAGAAGAUAAGAGGACUGUCAAUGGCUACUAGUCAUGACAACUACAGUAUCAGAGGCAGCAUGCCUGCACGUGGGGAGCAUGUCCCAAUUUAUUGUUCUACCUCUAGUUUUGUGCUGCAGCACUGAAAAGUUCACAGCCCAGUUUUUACUGCGUCAUCAAUAUUCUUUUCUUGUUUGUAAUGUUCCUGUGUGUACGUUGGCCACAUCCUGCUCAUAAAGAAUGCUGAUGUGCAACCCCUCCCCUCUUUUUCUGUGCCUUUAGGACACAUUAUCAAGUAAACUGCAGCAGAGGAGCCCUCAGCAUUCUGCAUCUCUCAUGCUCUUAUUUUUUGGAAUAUCAGUCCUGGUUCAAAAACUUAGUAUUGUACGGGAAGAAAAAGGAAGUCCACAUACAUUUUAAUUAAAAAACUAACUGGGAAUUCUUUCAUUGUGUUUUAAGUCUUCCAAAAAGAA